GGCCCAUUGACGUGUUCGCGUUCCCGAACUUCACGUUAAACACAGCAGCAGAGACAUGGACGAUAAAGACGAAGACCUCGGUGCAUUUGAUCCAAAUAUUCCAGAGGAGGGACCGUCAGCGCCCCCUCCUGGCUGGCUGGAUGACGUACACGGAUACCAGGGCCACCAAGGAGGACAGGACGAUAAUCCGUUGUACCCACCUCCCCCUGCCUACAACCCCCAGCCUGAACUCAACAGGAACACGCUGGUGCCCAACGUCAGGGUCCCCACAGUAUCGGAGGAAGUGGCCAGAGAUGCCCUGCUCAAGUUCGUUAAAUCGAAAUGGACGUACAGCUCCAAACCUGCCAGGAACCUCACCUUCAAAGAUCUCAAACCCAUCACUGUCUACAGGUAUCGACUGGAGACCUACACCGAGUCCAGAACCAGCGCCUGGCAGUUCGAAGCCUACAAUGGACAAAUGGUCGAUGGUCCUCAGUACGGUAUGUGUCCCCCACCGUGGGACAUCCCAGUGACAUCACCUCAGAGAUACACCGACAUGGUGGAGAAGGUCCGUGUGCCGCACUCAUCCUUCGUAAAGCUGUGUCACACAUGCAAAGGCUGUGGAAGAACUCGGUGUACUAGCUGCAGUGGCAGAGGACAGAAACGUUGUUUAAAUUGUCACGGCAAAGGGCACAAAAAGCGCACUGGGAAUCACAGGAAAUCCUCUGGGAGGAGAAAUUGCACAUCUUGUCACGGGAGAGGCCGUAAGAGGUGUACCCCCUGUCACGGCCACGGCUACAAGACCUGCUCGGUUUGUCACGGCAGCCAAAACCUGCUGCACUUCAUCCUGCUCACUGUGACGUGGAAGAACAACGUGGAUGAUUUCAUUCCUGAUCGUCAGCCCGACUUCCCUGACAAGAAGUUUGAGAAGGUGACAGGCGACCCUUUCUUCAUCGACGAGAAUGUUCUGGUGUACCCUAUCCAGGGUUUCCCCGACCAGGAGAUCUGUGAUGCUUCUACAAAAAUGAUUAACGAACACCUUAAUCGCUACAGUUCCACCAGCCGCAUCCUGCAGCAGCGUCAGACCAUCGAGCUGGUGCCGCUGACCCACGCUCAUUACACUUACAAAGGAAAAGACCACAGCUUCUUUGUCUAUGGAACGGAGAACAAAGUGUUUACCUCCAAAUAUCCCUCUGCUUGUACUCUCUUAUAAGUACCACACCGUAUGAUGUUAUGAAUCUACUGCAGGGAUCCGAGGUGGUUAAGAUGAAGGAACGCUCCGACGUGUCUUUGCAUGUGACUCAUCUUUGAUUCCAGCAAAGGUCUGAAGCUGUCUGAAGGUGGAUGUUGAUGAUUCUGAAAACGGUGUGAAAAGCAGUGGGAGUUCUGAAUGAGUCGGCUUAGAGUUUGUCUGUGUGUCAGUGGGAACACUGGGCUGGUGUUACUAUAUUAAUCCUUCAUGGUUAAUCUCACAUAAGCAUUAGUAUAAUCCCACAAGCCUGCAGGUGUCAAAGGUCAAAUUUUUGUAAUUUGUGUUGAUACCCUCGAUUUACUAAAUUGUGAUGUCAGUGGUUCAUUAGUAUAAUGUGUGUUAAAGUUAUGUGAUUGAAUUUAAAGCAUAGUGUUUUUAUAUCAGUGUCAUGAUUUAAAGUGACACAACAGUCUCCUGUAAUAGAUUUUAACCAGCGUCACACGGCUUUAACUGGAGGUUUAACAGAAUGAAUUCAUCAAAGAUUUACCUGUGAUUUCUGUCAGGCUCCAUUUAAUCCAGUAACUAAACAACUGUGUGUACUAACAUCUGCUACCUCUUCACAUCCUGAAGGCAAACUUUAUUACAUCGUGCCUGUUUUUACUUUUCAUGGGCUGAACCAGCACUCGAUGUCUACCGUACUUUUUCCUGCCUCAACAUCAAACAAAUCUUUUUAUACUGUAUUUGGUUUCAUUCCUUCAGCCUGCAGACAGUGAGAGUCUGAACGGUCAGUUCCUCUGCUCUGAUCAGUGUUACGGGAUAAAUUCUCUUUUUUAUUUUCCCUCUGUUGUUAUUUAAACAUCUGUCUUUUCAUUUUCCAUCUGCAAAGAAAGGUAAUCAUGGUGCUCUCAUCUCAGACUCGACUUCAUCUGAGAAAAAUCUGUAGCUUUCAGGCUCGGGCUGAGGAAACAGGCCGUAGGAAGACGUCCCACGAAGUUUGAGGAAAUUAUGACUUUUCCACUGUACUCUGACAUUUCAUAGACAGAUGACAUUUAUUAGUUGCAGCCUCAUUAACUCAAAGAUUUAUAAAAUGGAGUAAUGAAUGUUUGUUGGCAUAUAUAUAAUUAUUAUUUUUAUUUUUUAUUUUUUUUACACUGUUAAGAGCCAUACUGAGAUUUGGCACCAGAACAGUUGAAGGAUAAGCUGAUGGGAUUUUAAUGGAGUUUUUGAAUUUAAUGAUUGUUAAUUAGCCAGUAUCAUAUCAGUGUAUCAGUCAUAUCUGCAUGUUGGAGAGCCCAGCAUGUGUGUGUGUGUGUGUGUGUGUGUGCCAGUUUGAUAUAAAAUCACACUCAGAAGAAAAGUUCUGGAAAGGAAACAAAAAAAAAAAAAUUCAAAUGACUGAACAAACCUUCACCACGAAACUAAGCUCCAGGCCAGA